GCGCGUUUAUCUGCGCGUUCAUCCUCGGUUCCUUUUGCGCUUCCUUUUGCGCUUCCAUCUUCGCCUCCAUCUUCGCCUCCAUCUUCGUGUUAAUUUUUUUCCGAGCCACAUUCUUUCGGGCUUCCCUACAUAUCAACCCACGUUCACAGUUUAAGCGAGUGUACAUUGUCAGCCCACGUUUCGAACCACAUACAUUUGCAACUGACGCGAGCGCGUUCGUUUUCGCUGCUGCAUGUUCGCUGGUAUGUGGUCACCAAUUCCUGCUUAUCACAUUUAUCAGCUCGUUCAUUCGCAAAGCUGAGCGUUUAGCAGGUCAAGUUCAUGGCAACGCAUUGAUCGUUUCGCAUAUACCAAUAUAUAGCCAUAUUAACGUUCAACCCUCCAGCUUGCAGUUUCCCCCGAAAUUGCUUCUGGUUAAGUUAACUCCCCCUUUUUCAUUUACUUGUGCGUACAACACAUAGUAUAAAUAUACCCCCCAGUGGGAAAAAAGAGUUGACCCCUCUCCCCCCCAAAGAGGCAUUUCCUCUAUCUUAAAAAAAAAAAAAAAAAAAUGCAAUCCAAGUUUUGGGCCAAGGGCGCGGACGACGACAGUGGUGACAACGUUACUGAAUCUUCCGACAAUGAAGUUGAUGACAAGAAGCCCCUGGUGUCGGCGCAGGCGGAGCGCUGGGCAGCCAUUGACAGCAGCAGCUCGGAGGAGGAAGAAAGAGUGAUCAAGAGCUACGAAGGGAAGAGAAUAGAUUUCUACAAAAAUAUUGGUAAUAGCCUAAAUGAGAGCAUGGGGAGCAGCGAUUUCAACCAGCUGCUGAAGGAUUACGAGAGCGUGUACAAGUUUAUGGUGAAGGAGAGUUCCGAGCGAAUUCCAAACUUUGCCAUUGUGUAUUUGGAUAAGCUUACAAAAUAUGUGGAGACAACUUUUCAAAAUAAUGUAGAGAAGAAGGUCCUCAGUAAAAACAAAGCGCAGACGCUGAACAAGUUAAAGGCAAAGAUAAGAAAAUGCAGCGAGUUUUACCAAAAUAAGCUAAAUUUAUACCACGAAAAUCCGGAGGAAUUUAAGGCAGCCAUGCAGGAUGAGGAGGAAGAUGAAGAGGAGGAAGAAGAAGAGGACGACGAAGAGGAAGAAGAGGCUGACGAAGAAGAAGCGGACGAAGGGGAUGAAGCAGAUGAAGAGGAGGGGGGAAAGAAAAAGGAAAAGACCCCCGGAGAAGAGGACAGCGAUGAUUGGUCAAACAGUGAAGAAGAAGGAUACGUAUCGGAUGACGCAGAUGAUAAAACCAAAAGUGCUAUGAGCAAAUGGGGACUAAAAACAAGUGAAAAAGUGGAGAAAAAAAAAGCCGUAAAAACGAAGAAGGUGAAAAAGGAAGGAACCAAAAAGGAAGAAAAGGCAACACAUGUAGACGAAAACCAGUCUGCCAAAAAUAAAGCAUAUGCAGAAUUGUUAAGCACGAAAAAUCUCUCAGAAGAGGUCAUACGAAAUAGAGUCAAAUUUGUGAUUGAAAAGAGGGGAAGAAAAGGAUUAGAUAAACAUGAACAUAUUAACAUAUUGUCCAAAUUGUGCGAGCUAGCCAAAACGAUAAGCACACAGUCCUACAUAGAAGUGCUGGAGCAGAUGAUUAACCUCGAGUUUGACGUCGUCUCGAGCGUGUACACCUAUAUGUCCUUUAACAUUUGGAACAAGGCAUUUAAGUACAUAGAACUUAUUUUAGAUUUGCUCAUUCAGAAUGAAAAUUUCUACCUUGUCUCCAUUAACAUUACGGAAGAAAUUACGGAAGAGGUGAUAAACGAGAAGGAGAAGAUUUCCCGGUCGUGCAAAACGCUCAUUUCGUUUUUGGCCAAAUUGGAUGAUGAGUUGCUGAAGGCGCUGCUCUAUAUAGACGCCCAGACGGAGGAAUACAGACGCAGAUUGGGCAAAACCGUCCACAUGAUUGGCUUGCUCUACAAGGGGUACAAUUACGUCAAGUUUGCGAAAAAGAUGCCCGACCUGGCCAUUUUCAUUUCGACGAGGAUUCUCGAGCAUAUGUAUUACAAACCGGAGGCGCUGUUCAUGCAGAUAUGGAACUUCGUCACGAGUGGGAAGGACGGCAGCACGCCGCUGGUGGACGCGGUGGGGGGAAGCAGUCCAAGUGGAAGCGGCGCCGCCAACCAAAGUGACCAUACCAACCAAAAUGGAGACGCGAAGACAGACCAAGACUUACAAACGAAUGGCGACUGCGAUAAGCAGCCCAGCGGGGGUGCCCCAAACGGAGCAGAGAAAGAGCCCGCCAAGGGGGACGACCACAUCUCGCCAAAGCAGAUCGUCGAAAAAUACGUAUACGAAAUAUUCGAGCAUGGGACGAAGCAGCAGAAGGUUAAAGCGCUGCUGCAGCUGUCCUUCCACAGAAGCCUGCACGACGAAUUUCUGGAGGCAAAGGAAUUGCUAAAUGUUGCCAAUGUACAUGAGCUGGCCCUAAGUUCAGAUAUGCAAACGCAGAUUCUGUAUAACCGAAAUUUAAUUCAGUUAGGGUUAUGUGCCUUUAGACAUGGGAAAAUAUUUGAGGCCCACUGCUGCUUAGGGGAAAUCUGCUCCCAAAAUAAGCACCGAGAGUUAAUCGCCCAGGGAGUCUCUAACCUAAAGAAUCAGGAGAAAACGCUAGAACAGGAAAGAGCCGAAAAGAGAAGACUGCUCUCCUUCCAUAUGCACAUUUCAAUUGAGCUAAUAGAGUGUGUAAAUAACAUCUGCGCAAUGCUGUUGGAAGUGCCCAAUUUGGCUAGACACACAUAUGAGUCCAAAAAGGAUAUCAUCUCCAGGCAGUUCAGACGGUUCCUAGAUAUCUAUGACAAGCAGAUAUUUAAUAGCCCCCCAGAAAACAAUAAAGAAAUUAUUUUGCUAGCCACGAAAUAUUUGCAAAAAGGAAAUUGGAAGCUCUGUUGUGAAAAGAUAUUUAGCCUCUCCAUAUGGUCUAAAUUUAAUGAGAGGGAAAAGGUACAGAACAUCUUGCAGGAGAAAAUUAAACAGGAGGCCAUGCGGACUUACAUUUUUAGAUACAUCUCCAUUUAUGACUCUUUCUCUGUGGAGCAACUGUGCAUCAUGUUUGACUUGAAUCAAAAUGUGGUGCAUUCCAUUUUGAGCAAGAUGAUGAUUAACCAUGAGAUUCCUGCGUGCUGGAAUGAAAGCAGCAGCCACAUCCUCAUCAACAAGGUGAACCCCACGGCCCUCCAGACCGUGGCCAUCAAGUUGGCGGAAAACAUCAACGAGAUUAUGGAGCAGAACGAGCUCACCCUCAACAUGCGCAACCCCAAGUUCAUGUUCAUGCAGGAGAGACGCACCCAGAUGAAGGACGAGAAGUCCAACUGGUCCCACAAAAAGGGCGAAGGCAAGUACGGAAAGGGGUACCACCAGCACAAAAAUGUGCACUACAAGAAGAACUACAAGGAAAAAGGCAUGCCCAAAGGAUUCGCGUAAAUGUUAACGACUCUGCGCGUGUGGGUAUGCGUCCACCGCGUUAAUUGAGCAGCUGCAUGGCGGAAAAGUGCGCCCCCAUAUGUGCGUAGCCAUUUACAAACUUUGCUCCCCUCCAUACACGCUUCGCCCGCCCGCGCGCAAACUUACGCCGUAUUUUCUGUGAAGAUGAUUUUUCCCCCCCCUCUGCAAAGUGCCCAUGCGAACAUUUGUAUGUUUAAAAACUCCAUUUAAAUGGGGAUAAACAAAUCGCAUAAUCGGGGGGAAAACGAAAGGGAGGAAAAAAAAAAAAACACAUUCAUACGGCACAGGGCGAGGCGUGCACCGCUGUGUGCUCACGUUUGAACGUGCCAGUGGAAAACGUUGCAGGGAUAGGCAGCUUAUUUUAUUUCAACUCACCACAUGUUGUGUUAUUAUGCUAUGUUACGCUAUGCUGUGCUAUGCUGUGUUAAUUUUUUUUUUUUUUUAACUCUCGAACUUUUACAAAUUAUAAGCCAUCUUUACUCAAAUUUAACAAAAAAAAUAGCCAUUUUAUUUCGCGCCUGUCCCCUUU